AUGCUCGACGGUCAGCGAGUACCGCGGCCAGGCGCUUCGUCGGCCCGCGAGGUGCCCGCCGAAAGGCGCCAGCAGACAAGAAAACAGUGGGACGCAGCACUCCAUUCGCUAUGCGAGGCGUCUCGGCUGCGCGCCGGCAUCCGCAUAGGCCAGUACGUCACGGCCGUCAGCGCGUGCGGAAAGGCCCGGCAGUGGCAGUGGUCGCUGUCGCUGCUAGGCGAGAUGGGCGGGGCCACGCUGGAGCCCGACGUCACCUUCAGCUACAGCGCCGGAGUCAGCGCGUGCGAGAAGGGCGAGCAGUGGCAGCGGGCGCUGGCGCUGCUGGGCGAGAUGUGGGAGCUGAGCCUGCCGCCCGAUGUCAUCAGCUACAAUACUGGGAUAAGCGCGUGCGAGAAAGGCAGGCAGUGGCAGCAGGCCCUGUCAUUGCUCAGCGGGAUGCUGCAGGCGAAGGUGGAGCCCGACGUUAUCAGCUACAGCGCUGGCAUAAGCGCUUGCGAGAAAAGCAGUCAGUGGCAGCAUGCUUUGUCGUUGCUCAGCGCGAUAUGUUCUGGCAACUUGGAGCCCAACAUCGUCAGCUACGCAGCAGGGAUCAGCGCGUGUGGGAAAUGCGAGCAGUGGCAGCAUGCUCUGUCCUUGCUCGGCGUGAUGUGUGCUACGAGCGUGGAGCCCGACGUCGUAUGCUACAACGCAGGAAUCACUUCGUGCGAGAAGGGCAGGCAGUGGAGGCAUGCGUUGUCGCUGCUCGGCGAGAUGCGGGCCGCGAAGGUGGAGCCCAGCCUUUCAGCGUUAAUGCUGGGAUUAGCGCGUGCGAGAAGGGCGAACAAUGGCAGCACGCACUGUUGCUGCUCAGGGAGAUGUUGGAACUUCACUUGA